UUUCCUUCGACAAUAGGACUUAACCGUAUCUUUGACUGCUCACAGCAUCGUUGGCAGUGCACACAGUUUUUAGAUACUAAAUAUCACACGUCCAACACUAAAGCCAUGGCUGGAAAAGUUGUGCUGCACUACUUCAAUGGGAGAGGGAAAAUGGAGUCAAUCCGUUGGCUUUUGACUGUUGCAGAAGUCGAGUUUGAUGAGGUUUAUCUGACAACUCGUGAGCAGUAUGAAAAACUCCUGAGUGAUGGAGAUCUCAUGUUUGAACAGGUUCCUCUGGUGGAAAUUGAUGGCAUGAAGCUGAUUCAGUCAAAAGCAAUCUUGAAUUACAUCGCAGAGAAGUACAGUCUUCAUGGAAAGGAUCUCAAAGACCGAGUCGCGAUCAACAUGUACUCAGAGGGACUGAUGGAUCUCAUGGAAAUGAUAAUGAUGUUGGCCUUCACUGCAGAUACAAAGGCACAACUGGAUACCAUUCAAACUAAAGCAACAAAACGCUACCUUCCUGUGUUCGAAAAGGCGCUGAAUGGGCCCAGCUACCUGGUGGGAAGUAAGAUAAGCUGUGCAGAUGUGCAGCUGCUUGAAUGCACCCUGAUGUUGGAGGAGAAGUUUCCUGAAAUCCUCGCAAAGUUUCCCAACAUCAAGUCUUUCCAGGGCAGGAUGAGCGAAAUUCCCACCAUCAAAAAGUUCCUGCAGCCAGGCAGCAAGAGGAAGCACCAGCCUGAUGAAACCUAUGUGAAGACCAUCAAGGUGGUGUUCAACCUACCGACGAAGUAAACUUUGCACAUUCCUCACACGGGCAGUGUGAAUGAUUCAUUAUCCAAGCUCAGCAUGUGCUACAUUCGGAUCAAGUAUGUGCUGGUUUGUGUUUAGAAUACUAAUACACCAUCCAUUGGAACUCUAAUUAGCUGGAAUAUAUGUAAUCAUUUUUUCACUACAAGUGAUUCAAUGUAAAGGUUCUACUAAAUAAAUGAUUAAUUUCUGAGGAACAUUUGA